AUGGCCGUUCUAACGUUGGAGAUCCUCCAGAAGUCGUACCGGUGGGAAUUGCCACAAGGAGCCGAGAGCAUCACGGCCUCGGCGCUGAAGGAUCAUAUCGGCGAGCGAGCAAAAGGAGAGGUUCUAUACCACAAGAAGCUAUCCUUUGCAUCCAAUGGCAAGGUGCUUGACGACAGCGAUGAGGUGCCGCUGGCACCAUCUGUCGUCCAGGUGAAGGGCCCCGGCUCAGUAGUCCAAAUGUUUGGGCUCUUCUGCGACAAAGGUGGCCGCCCCGUGCAGCGCCCCAAGGCCCCUGCGCCGACUCCGGCACCCAGGCCCUCUGCGCAGGAUCGGCCGCUGCCAGCUGCACGCGGCUGCCAGGACAUGCGGCACUUCGACUUCGGUGGCCGUGGCUCGCCCUUUGCGCAAAGCCUGCAAAGCGGUUUCCGCCAACAGGCCAACCCAAUGGCCUUCAAUGCGACUUCAGACCGACAAUGGCCGAGUUCUGGCGGCUGGACCGGACGAAAUCCACCUCCCUCGAGCCCGCGCCAAGGUGCAUCCGGAUACGGCAGCCACGAUGAGACAGUGAUGAAGAAUUGGCUGAAUUCUCUGGCCGAGCAUCAGCAGUUCUCCGAGGAGCAGGAUUUCUCCAAGGCGCUUCUCGCGUCACAGGCUACGUUUGAGGCUGACGAAGAGGCGCAACUGCGUUGGGCCCUGGAGGAAUCGGCGCGCAUGGCGGAAGAGAUCGACGCCGCGCGGAACGUGGAGCUUCAGAGUGCCGAGGAGAUCAAAAAGUACUACAUGGAGGACUUGAAAGGAGGACAGCACAAGUCCAAGAGCUUGACGCCACUCUUCAGCAGCUUCAAACCUUCUCGGGCUACACUCCUGGUCCUAGGCAAAGUCGUGCUUGUCGCAAUGCGUGUCCUUGUGCGGCGGCGGAACCUUGGACGGGAAGAACUUCCGCGUCGCAAGCGCCAGCGGCGGCUGACCGAAGAUGAGCUUCCGCCUGCCAAGCGGCGAACAGUCACGGCCGGCACUUGUGAGCGCGAUGCCAGCGCUGAUGAGGAGCUGGCUGCUGUCAGAGCAGCGCUUGACGACGUGAUGUCCCAUCUCCUGGGGCGACCACCGACGCCGGAGGACAGAGUGUUUAGAUUCGAUGCGGAUUCGCUGAAGGCCACAAUGGAGCUACCGAGCCUGUCGCCGCCUCGGCAGCUAGAAUGCUUAGCUGCAGUGGAGCCGGUGGACGGGCAGGAGCUCUCCUACGGUGAGCUCUCCCGCGCCGAGAGGGCCUCCUUCGAGAAGUCCGUGGAGCAGAAGAUUUCGCAUUUGAUGCUGAAGGUAGGGUCUCGGACCCCACUAAUUCUGGUCACAUCGGGACGCCAGCCGCCGACACGGUGGACUGAAGACCCAUCAACAUUGCACCGGCAAGCUUCACCACCGCCGGCAGUUCAGAAAGGCUCGUCCGUGGCCACAACCUCGCCCGAUCGGACUGUGGCACACGACCUGGCAAAGCACAAGCGGAAAUGUGCAACCGUGAAUGAGAAAAAGGACAACCGUGCUCACCGACGCCACUUAAUCUCGGAUCCUACCUCCUAG